AUGGGUAGACAAGUUGGAUUGUAUUCUCCAAGUGCUGAAAGUGGGCAUGCUGCAACCGAGAAUCCAACACUUUAUGCUCUUUUACCUAUUGACCAGGACAGCAGUAGCCUUCUUGGUGCCUUUGUUCUUUGUCGUCUAUUUAAGAAGCAUGAUGAAAAGCAAGAUGAGAAUGUUGAAGACGAAGUUAAGCAAAAUAUUUCUUCUCCUUCAGUAGUUAAAUCUCCCGCUGAAGGUAAUCACUCAGAGCCAGUUACCCCAGUGAAGGGUAGACAAGUUGGAUUGUAUUCUCCAAGUGCUGAAAGUGGGCAUGCUGCAUCCGAGAAUCCAACACUUUAUGCUCUUUUACCUAUUGACGAGGACAGCAGUUGCCUUCUUGUUGAUGAUACAAAAGAUAAAUUGUUAGACAUACAAUCCAUCCUGCUAGACCCCGAGCUGGAAUAA